UGACACGCGACAGUUGUUCAUCGAGGCUGCCAGGUCUCCAACUUCCCCUUGAUCUUUGAUUCUUCAAACCUUUCAUCAUUAAGGACAUGUCCCAUUUUUCGGAUAACUGCGUCCCGUUGAUCUCUUACCAACCAUGAUAGGCUCACGACGAUGGCAGUCUCGCACUGUCAUUGCGGCUACGCUUAUUGUCAUUACGCUUUGGUUCUUGAUGACGCAGCCUACGCCUGAUCUUGGAUACGAGGCUCGUCAUCUCUAUGAUUUGAUGAACCGUGAGGGCUCCCACGCAGUUAAAUCCCAAAAGAGCAGCUUCGAUUGGAGCAAAGUCAAGCUGAAACACCUCCCGCCAGCCAAUAUGACACGACUACCGAAGCAGACACCAAAGAAGCUACCACCAGUGCAGCACGCAUUUGGGCCAGAGAGUGCUAGCGACGCCCGGAAACGAACACAAAGACGAAAUACAGUACGAACGGUGUUUGUCGAAGAUUGGAACAGCUAUCGAAAAUUCGCCUGGAUGCAAGAUGCAUUGAACCCAAUAUCAGGCACUGGCAAAGAUCAGUUUGCGGGGUGGGCAGCUACUCUUGUAGAUUCUUUGGAUACUCUUUGGAUCAUGGGGCUCAAGGAAGAAUUCGACGAAGCAGUUGCAGCUGUGGCAACGAUCGACUUUGGAAAUACUACAACAUAUCGAAUCAACAUGUUCGAGACCAACAUUCGGUACCUCGGCGGACUGCUAAGCGCCUACGAUCUCAGCAACCGACAGGUGUUAUUAGACAAGGCAGUGGAGCUAGGCGACUUGUUAUAUGCUGGCUACAAUACUGAAUCAAUGCUACCUGUCGACUUCAUUGAUUUUUCUGCUGCCCAAAAGGGUCUCGAGCUAAGCAUUGAGGGGUCCGUUGUAUCGGCAUCACCUGGCUCGCUCAGCUUAGAGAUGACCCGUCUAGCGCAAGCAACUGGAAAUGACAAAUACUAUGACGUGGUCGACCGGCUGAUGAGAACCUUUGCCAAGUACCAAAACGAGACGAAGCUGCCGGGUCUAUGGCCCAUGUGGGUAUCCAUCAGAACCCAAGACUUUGUAAGCCGUAGCGAGUUUACACUGGCUGGCAAUGCCGACUCUCUCUAUGAGUAUUUGCCAAAGAUGUAUGCUCUGCUUGGCGGUCUCGAACCGAUGUACGAGUCCAUGACUCGGAGCUACGUUGAAGCUGCGCGAAAGCACAUGUUCUUUCGUCCCAUGUUGCCGAAUGAGGAGGAUAUUCUUAUUUCUGGCAAUGUUCAAGUGAAAUACGACGGUACGGCUGAGCUGGAUCCGGAAAGUGAGCACCUGGCGUGCUUCAUUGGUGGCAGCGUAGCGCUGGCGGGCAAACUCCUGGAACGCCCAGACUACGUCGAAACUGGUGAUAAGUUGGCAAAAGGCUGCGCCUUUGCUUACAAGUCAUUUGCGAGUGGCAUAAUGCCUGAGCGAUUCAACAUGGUUCCCUGCAAAGAGACCACCGGUCGAUGUAAAUGGGACGACAGCACCUGGACAGCCGAAGCCCUGAGUCGUCCAGAAUUCCGUGAGAGCCUGCCCAAGGGAUUCACCACGGCCAAGGACCCCAGAUAUCUUCUACGUCCAGAGGCUAUUGAAAGUGUGUUUCUGUUGUACAGAAUGACAGGAGAUUCCAAGUAUCAAGAUAUUGCGUGGGACAUGUUUGUAUCGAUUGAGCGUGCUUCCAGAGUUGCGCAUGGGCACGCAACAGUGCUCGAUGUUACAGAAGUUGGAGACGAGGCCUUUCGUGUCGACAACCUGCAAGAUUACAUGGAGAGCUUCUGGUUUGCUGAGACCCUCAAAUACUUUUAUCUGAUCUUCUCGCCUCCUGAUCUACUUGAUUUGGAUGAGUACGUUUUAAACACAGAAGCACACCCGUUCAAGCGGCCAAUCCCCAAAAGCAAAGAGUCUGAAAAAGCAUAGACAUGUAUAGAUAAUAAUAUUAUUCAAACUUGGUUUAACACGAGUAUUACGCCCAGUUCAUCGUAACCAUAUCUCGUCACGCUAAAGAAUAAAGCCAAAGUCCCAAACGCCGAUUUUUCAUCCUCCUUUUUAGUAUUCCUCUCGGCUGUGGUUAUUCACAGCUAAAAAUUCCCUCGCUCAGGGUGCCACCCUUCACCUCACCUACACAGGAUACGGUACAGUGGUAUUGCAUUUCUUGACCAGACACGCCUGGAUAUGAUCCACGGGCUAUCGUACAGCCAUCCAAUUUGGCGACUGUAACUCUUGAUGCCUCUGGCAGCUUAUCAGAAGAAGACAACUCGGUUGACAGCUUGCAUAAACGCAUUGACGGUGCUCUGAUUUGCUGUGGCGUAAAUCGCCGCCUCGGCUCUUUGACGUAUGGGCAAUUGAAGCUGGCAAUCUUGUUACCAACAGGUAAUAUUAUUGAUGUAGGGGAUGGGCUGGUUGAUAUUGAUGAUGUCGCAGAUGGAGAGUCAAGUGUUGUAGUGCUGGUUGGCGAUGAAGUUGUGUCGUCAACUAAUGUGAUGGCCGCUGCGGUUGGCGUUCUGAUAGGGAAGUCA